AUGUGUGAGUUUUUACAGGUACUAAGCAGUGGUCAUUAUGGACGGAUUUACGUUGGCAAGCUGCAAGCAAAAACUGGCAAAGAGACGAUGGAUGUGGCGGUGAAAGGGUGCAAGGAUGCAGCAAAAUAUGUCCACAUGAAGGCUCUCGUUGAUGAGCUGCGUAUCAUGAUAGCCAUUCGCUCGCACCCCAAUGUCCUGUGCCUGAUUGGAGCUGUGACUGAAAAUAUCAGGAAGUCAGCUUUAGCUUUUUGUUAUUUCGCUACUCAUAGUUUAUAUUUCGAAAAAUCCUGUCUGAAAAACUCCACUUUUAAAUUUAUAAUGGCUUUUCAGCAAGCUAAUAAGGUGACGAUGUAUAUGUAA